ACCCCGGAGAGCAAGCCCAACUGCAGCAAUGGCUAAGCUCAUUCUACUAUUUCUGAAAUUUCUUGUGGUUUUCUGCUCUGUGCAGGCUGUGUUUGAGGACCAAGUUGGGAAAUUUGAUUGGAGGCAGCAGUUUGUAGGAAAUGUCCGCUUUGCUCAUUUUGACAAUCAGAUCCAGUCAUCCAAAAAGAUACUUGUAGCCACAGACAAGAAUGUUUUUGCAGCAAUCAAUACAAGAACUGGAGAUCUAUUCUGGCGUCAUGUUGACAAGAAUGGACCAGAGGGAAAUAUUGAUGCCCUUCUGUUGCAAGGACAAGAUGCAGUUAUGCUGGUCGGUAAUGGGCGGUUGCUGCGCUCUUGGGAGGUGAAUUUUGGUGGAUUGAACUGGGAGGUUGUGCUCGAUUCUGGGAGUUUCCAGUCUGCUUCUUUAGUGGGGCAGCAGGAGCAUGUCAGAUAUGUGGCUGUUUUGAAAAAGACUGCCAUCUCUCUUCACUACCUUUCCAAUGGACAUCAGAAAUGGAUUGAAAAUCUUCCAGAAAGUGACAUGGUGGAUUACCAGUCCGUCUAUUCUGAUGAUACUGGCGAGGUUUUUGUUCUGGGCCUUGUCCCUAACUCUGAAAUUACAGUGGUGGUUUACAGCUUGGAUGAUGGGGAAAUACUAAAACAGUUUACAGUUAAAGCUCCGUGGCUGUCUGACCUCCAGUCCAGCUGCUCUGUGAUUGGGAAGGGCAUGCUCACUUGUGUGGACUCAGACUCUCUAUCCUUGAAUAUGUUGGACCUGCACUCACACUCUCAGAUGAAUCAGAUCUCACUGCAGUCAAUUGGUCUGGAAAUUUCCCCUGAUUUCCGCCCAGUGCUAGUCUCUUCUCAACCCAACGCUGCUCGAUCUCCGCUUUCUGAGUUUUUCCUCCAGACCGGACCAGAUCAACACGUGCUGCUGCAACUCAACAAAGGACAGAUACUCACGAUCAGGGAUUUCAAACCAGCAAUGCUGGUUUCAUUUGCUACCACUGGAGAGAAGACUGUUGUGGCCGUUAUGUCGCCCAAGAACAAAACCGCUUCUAGUAUUAACCUCUUCAGUGCUGAAACUGGACGCAGACUUCUAGACACAACUCUGAUUUUUACCAUGGAUCCAAAUGGAGGAAAUCCAGAGAGGCUGUAUGUGCAGGUGUUUUUGAAGAAGGAUGACUCAGUGGGUUACAGGGUGAUGGUACAAACAGAGGAUCACCAGCUCACAUUUAUCCAGCAGCCAGGGCGAGUGAUGUGGACCAGAGAGGAGGCCCUGUCUGAUGUGGUAACCAUGGAAAUGGUGGAUCUGCCACUCACAGCCACCCAGGCUGAGCUCGAGGGAGAGUUUGGCAAGAAGGCUGAUGGUCUGAUGUCCAUGGUCUUAAAGAGACUGUCUUCUCAGCUGAUCCUGCUUCAGGCCUGGGCCUCCCAUCUCUGGAAACUCUUCUAUGAUGCCCGAAAACCACGCAGCCAAGUCAAGAACGAAGUGACCAUCGAAAACCUGUCACGAGACGAGUUCAACCUGCAGAAGAUGAUGGUCAUGGUGACUGCAUCUGGAAAGCUUUUUGGCAUUGACAGCAAAACCGGCACCAUUGUUUGGAAGCACUACCUGGAGAAUGUCCCUUCGAGUGCAGCGUUUAAUCUGAUGGUACAGAGAACAACAGCCCACUUCCCUCACCCUCCACAGUGCACUCUGCUCAUCAAAGACAAGGAUACAGGUCUGGCCACGCUCCAUGUUUUUAACCCCAUCUAUGGAAAAAAGAGCCACAUCACUCCCCCUCUGCUCCCUCAGCCCAUCCUCCAGUCCAUGCUGCUGCCACUGAUGGACCAGGAUUAUGCCAAAGUCUUGCUGCUUGUGGAUGACCAGUAUAAAGUGUCUGCUUUUCCGUCCACUAAGAAUGUCCUCCAACAACUUCAAGAAGUGGCCUCCUCCAUUUUCUUUUUUCUUGUCGAUGCAAAUCAGGGGAGGCUCAGUGGUUACAGGCUACGAACAGACUUGUCAACUGAACUGAUCUGGGAGGUGGUGAUUCCUACAGAGGUGCAGAAAAUUGUCGCUGUGAAAGGGAAGAAAGCCAAUGAACACGUCCAUUCUCAGGGCAGAGUCAUGGGAGACCGCAGCGUCCUAUAUAAGUACCUGAACCCAAACCUACUAGCUUUGGUAACGGAGAGCACUGACCAGCACCAGGAGCGCAGUUUCGUGGGAAUCAUUCUCAUCGAUGGCAUCACUGGAAGAAUCAUCCACGAGGCCGUCCAGAGGAAAGCCAGAGGUCCAGUCCACAUCGUGCACUCAGAGAACUGGGUGGUGUAUGAAUACUGGAGCACAAAGUCCCGUAGAGUGGAGUUCUCUGUGAUCGAGCUGUAUGAGGGGAUGGAGCUCUACAACAGUACGGUCUUCAGCUCUCUGGACCGGCCCUUCGCUCCUCAGGUUUUACAGCAGUCCUACAUCUUUCCCUCGGCCAUCUCUGCCAUGGAGGCCACCCUGACGGAGAAGGGCAUCACCAGCAGACACCUCCUCAUUGGUUUACCAUCAGGAGGCAUUUUAUCUCUACCAAAGAUGUUCCUGGACCCUCGCAGACCUGAGAUUGUGUCUGAGCAGAGUCGUGAGGAGAACUUAAUCCCGUAUGCACCAGAGCUGCCAAUCCGAACAGAGUGGUACAUCAACUAUAACCAGUCUGUGUCGCGGGUAAGGGGGAUCCACACUGUCCCCUCUGGGCUGGAGUCCACAUGCCUGGUGGUUGCGUAUGGCCUGGACAUCUACCAAACCCGCGUGUACCCCUCGAAACAAUUUGAUGUUUUGAAGGACGAUUACGACUACAUGCUUAUUUCCAGUGUCUUAUUGGCUCUGUUUUUCGCUACAAUGAUCAGCAAACGUUUAGCCGAGGUCAAACUACUCAACCGGGCGUGGAGAUAAACAAAAAAAAAAAUCUAAUUUAUUUAAUAUACAAAGAUGUACCAUCUAACAGCGCCCAGAUGCUGCACUGAGAAGGACCCCAGUCUUAAUACAAGUGAGUGGGCUAAGGAUGUGCCUGUUUAGAUUUAUAACUUUGACCAAUAGGAACUGCACUGAUGGGAGGGGCAAAAGGAGUAGAAUGACUUUUGUGUGUUUUUUAACUUAUUUUGAGAGAUAGUUAUGUUUGUGCCAUUAAAAUUAACUAUUUAAGUUGAGCUGUAAGUAUUACAGGAGAAUUUUAUGAAAAAUAAUUGAAAGAUUAGAUUAAAAUUGAAGGAGAUGCUGGUGCAGUCCUGUCCAAGUUGAAAUCCAUGAAUAUAAUAGUUUCACCAGUUGUGCUAUUUCAUGUGGUACCUACUACCUAAUGCCAAUGGGUUUUACGGCAAAUGAACUGUGAAUAAUUUUUGUGGACAUGCUACUGCGUGAAUGGAUAUUUAAGCUGUUUAAUGUGUCAUCCUUUUUAUGUUCACUGAAUCCUUGUAGAUUGCUGGUUCAUUAUGUACAGGCUUCAUCUUGUAGCUCACUAAAUGGUUUGCUCUUUGUCAAGCAUAACGUUUAAAUUAAAGAUUUCUCAACAAAAC